AUGACCUGUUCACCUUCGGAAAGCCCUGGAGGAGCCGUAGAGGCGGUAGCUGAAGUAGCAGAGCUCCAUGUAGCUGUCGUUGACAACCAAGAACGACGAAUAGAGAGGACCUGGGGGGACAGGAGACGACGGGAGAGAAAGUUCAUGGCGGCGCGGGGCAGGCUGGCUGAGGCUAGGCCCUUGCAGCAGUCAUUGCCCGCAGUGGAUUGGUCAUUGACAGACGCGUGCCGUCGAUCAUUUUAUUCUGGUGAAUCCGUGCCGGACUGGAUUCCAGGCUUUGCUACUCCUUCAACCCCUGGACCCAUCAUGUUGCUGGGUGUAUCGCGGAGUGCGAUACGCUUCAAUGCGUUGGCUGGCUUCAGGACAUGCACUCGAGCGACUCAGACGCGUGCCAUAUCUACCACCAGUCGCGUGCAAUGGUCGACACCACUCACCACUUUAGGCGCCGUAAGUAGGCGUCCUGCGACGGGAUUGACCACAUCGGUUCGUUUCCUUCACUGCAAUAAACCAUGGCAGCAAGCAAAAGCCACAAAAGCUACAGAGCCCCCGGCCCCCCUUCCUAUUCUUCCUUCGCCGGCAGUUGGGAGAUGGUUAAUGGCCUCUUCCGUCUUGGUCCUCGGAAUUAUCGUUGUCGGAGGCGUAACUCGUCUCACGGAAUCUGGCCUCAGCAUAACGGAAUGGAGGCCUAUAACAGGAAUCUUGCCCCCUCUGUCUCACGAUGAUUGGAUUGUAGAAUUCGACAAAUACAAGGCUACCCCGGAAUUCAAGCUUAUGAACCACUCGAUAUCCUUGGAAGAUUUCAAAUCUAUAUUUUAUAUGGAAUGGGGUCACCGUGUCCUAGGCCGGUUGAUUGGCCUUGUCUUUGUCGGACCGCUGGUUUACUUCGCCGUCAGAAAGCAAAUUCCCAGCUCCAUGACUUUGCGUAUGUCCGGACUAGCAUUGCUCAUAGGUGCACAAGGCGCUCUUGGAUGGUACAUGGUUAAAUCAGGUCUUGAAGAUUCCCUCAUGGAAACACCGGGAGCUGUGCCCCGGGUGUCCCAAUACCGCCUCGCAUCUCAUCUCGGGAUGGCGUUCCUUCUCUACCUUGGUAUGUUUGGCACAGGUAUGGCUGUGAUCAAGGAUUACAAGUACGCCAACGGCGCCAAAUGGAGCGGAAGCUCCGGCAGAAUUAACAGAAUUCUUUCCAACCCGUUGCUCAAAUCCUUCAAGAGACAGUCUUGGGCGAUUACGUGCCUGGUAUUUUUGACUGCUUUGUCGGGCGCCUUCGUUGCUGGCUUGGAUGCCGGUCUGCUCUACAAUGAAUUUCCUCUUAUGGGUGGGCGCCUAGCACCACCAGCAGAUGAACUUUUCUCCCCAGCAUAUGCUAAAAACGAAGACAAGUCUGAUACAUGGUGGCGCAACAUUUUCGAGAAUCCAACGACCGUUCAGUUCGAUCACCGCGUAUUGGCCACCACCACCUACUUUGCCACAGCUGCUCUCUACUUGCAGACAUUCCGCCCUGCCCUUCGUGCUGCCUUGCCUCCGCUUACCCUUGUCGCAACAAAAGCCGCUUUCGCUAUGGCAAAUAUCCAAGUCGCUUUGGGCAUCUCCACACUACUUUAUCUUGUACCUGUUUCUCUAGCCGCCGCCCACCAAGCUGGAAGCGUUAUGCUGCUUAGUGCCAUGGCGCACCUACUAAUUACCAUGCGAAGACCUGGCGCGGCAGCAAGAGCUUGGCGAACUCUCAAACAAGCGGCUACGAACAGCAAGAAAACAUAA